AGAUCUGCACUCUCAGUCUCAGCUUGUCAGCCCAGUAGUUUACAAGAAAAGCAAGCAGUUAGAGUGUUGAGAAAUUGCAAGAAGUAUGAAUAAGCUCUCACUUAUCUCUCUGCUAAUGCUGCAGGCUUUAUUGCAAGUCUCAGUGGGACAAGAAGCUGCAGUUUGCAGUGUGCAGCCACAGUGCAUUGUGCCCCAGCCAGCUGCUCAGUUGAGAGAAACUAACUUGGAUGAUGUUGUCAGAGAUGUGCAGUGCGAAAUGGGAUGCAUUGAAGAGCAUGGUGUUACUCUACCCCCUGUGAACAAAGACUCUCCCUGGCCUAGUCUGGAUUUUGAUGCUCUGAAAACUGACUGUCCUCUGUACCAGAAGAUGUAUGAAUGCAAGAUGGGCUGCAAGAGUCACUACGAAACACCCACCCUCACUGUGAACAGGUGCAGGGAUUACUGCUUUUCUGAAUGUGAAAAUGAUGCCUGUAAUGGACGACCAUGCACCAACAUGCCAUGUGGAAGAAUGUGUAGAAAGACUUUUUGCAGAUUCGGAUGCAUGAUGUCCGAUUUCUUGAAUGGUUUAAACAAGACUCACCACGCCCACCUGCUCCUCUCCUCACCUCCCGUCGUCACUGAGACCACAUCCACUAACAGCACACAGAGACGUCUCUACAGCGUCCAUCCUUCACUCAACUCUUCAUCAUCUCCUACCGAGGAACUGCCAAAUGUCGCCUUUGUUAUUAAGAUGUCUUCUGGCAAGAAUCUUGUUAGCUAUAUCUGGCAGAGGAACCUGUCGGCUCUAGUGGACCUAUCAGCGUUUGCAUGUCAGAGGGUUUCUCUCUCCUACAGUGCAGUCUCCACUCACACUCCUCUAGACCGACUCUCCGAUCUCCCGUUCUCACCAGAGACAACUGUCUGUGUGCCAGGACUGGGUGGUCGUCCUGGUAAAGUCCCUGAGGGCAGUGUGUCUGUGGGUUACACGGAGGAUUUGAGAAGAGACUUCUUUGGCUAUGCAGUUGCCAACGUCAGCUGGAGCAAGCCACAAGAAGGUUCUGAGUAUGUGACUUCUUAUACUCUAAGAAUUCACCCGGAUAGAGAAAGCUGCGGAGGAGAGAGUGUGGUCUACAAUUACAAGAAUAUUGACAAGGAGGUGACGAGGUUCACAGUUGAAGCGAAGGAGCCGACAGGUCUACUCAAAUUUGGCUGCCAUUAUAUUUUCGAGGUGAUUGCUUUGCCUCCACCGGAAGUGAUCGGGACUUACCUCAACUCACUGGUGUCAGCUCAAGGUCCGACACCACAAAUUGUUGUCAGUUGUGAUAGAAUCUGGAAUGCAACGAGUGGUCAUUUCAAUAUUUCCGUCACAUGGGGUCUGGAGCCAAUUAGUGCGCCUACAACCCACAUCACUCAGUUCACUGUAUCUCCCAUGUUGCUUUACAACGGGCUGACCACAACAACACACACCCCACUCACUCAAACACCUCGGAAUGGGGAGACUCAAUUCCACACAAUACUGUCCGGAUACACACCUCAACCAGGCAAAGAGUACAAGAUUGAGAUUGACUCUAGUCAAGACUCCGCCUACUUUUGGCGUCCUCAGCCCACCCCCGGCUCGUGUACAGUGGUUGCCGAUCCACGACCGGCAGAUAUUCCAUCUGAUAUCUCCGUGAGUGGAUCGUCCUUCGAUCAAACGAGGAGCACGGUCCAAUUCAGAUUGUCAUGGAGACAGCCUCUCGCUUCAUAUGGGGGUGUGGCUAGAUACGAAGUACAGGUGGUUACAGAAGUGGGUGUGGCUAGUGGAGACUCGGAAAGCGGACCACAACAAACUGAUGUACAAAGUUUUACGGCUGGCACUUACACGGCUUCUGUUACAUCAACACUACCCACCAAUCAGAACGCCCACUGUGCUUAUGUUCAGAUGCGUACGGUGAACAAUUUCUCUGUAGUUGGUGAGUGGAGUGAGCCGUUGGUGCUUCCUCUCGAUGACCAAUGUCUUGCUGACACGACAGACAACACUGGAAAAAUUUCUCUCUUUUACGAGACUGAGGAAAGUGGGAACGUCAAGCUCCUGGAACUCGGUUGCCAUAGCGACUCGGCCUUGUUUGGUGGUGACACACAAAGUAAUGUGACUGAGACAAUCAGAGAAAUUAAAGAAAGUGUUGACAUGAUGACAACCAACAGUGAGCAACAGAAGAAUCAACUGGCUGCAUUUGAACAGAAAUUAAAUCGAGUGGAACAAAAAUUGGAUGCUCUUCUCGAGCUGGUUGCCGUGCACGUCCAUGGUAACACGUAGAAUGCCAGCUACGUACAAGUACAAAAGUUCAUGUCCAUUUUUACACAUCUUCAAUUGGUUUUCACUUUUCGGAACAUUCACUUUGUUAAUUUCACACCAAGCAUACAGUCAUGUAUUUGAAACUGAAUAUUAUAGGAAUUACGCGUAGUUAGAGAUCUUGCAGGUCUUAUUUAUUUUCUAUCAACUUCUUGAAUCAUGCAUUCCCAUUCAUUAUGGGAAUGGAUUAUGUGCCCAUAUGCAUUUACCGUCACAUAGUGUCGAGAUAAUUACAUCAUUCAUCGCAUUAUUAUGUGUUCUCGUUAUAUUAUUCAUGCACCGCUGCUUUUGCCAUUGUACUAAUGAUGCACAUACCUACAUAUUGUAUAUUAUUAUUGUAUCAUUAUUAUAACUAAA